AUGAAAUCGUCGAAAAUUCCUACUCCAAAACAAGGUGAACAACAACAGCAUGCUGCUGUUGACAACAAUAUCCAAAUGUUCAAUCAAGCAUGCAGACCUGUAUCUCCAACACAAGUAGCCACAACACUGUCCCUUCCACCUUCUUCUUCUUCUACAGGACUUUCUCAUCAGUUGCAACUUCACGUGACAACCUUCCAAGAUAACCAAAAACAAAAAGAACCACCACUUGGUUUGUCAGCUGUUGGUCCAAUUUUACCUAACCACAGCAACAUCAACAACAACCGAGUCGUUGCACAAACAUUUGUGCUCCAUCAACAAUCUUCUCUGAAUAGCAGCAUGAGUAGAAGUAGCAGCAUGUCGUAUCAUCCUUCAUCUUUUAGUGUGGAUUUUCAACAACAAGAGCAUGCUAAAAAACAUCAGGUCAUCUCCAAGAUGGAUGCUGAACAAUUAUCGCCUGCCAAUGAUCCGUUAUUGAUGUUUCGAGGAGAGGAAACAGUAAAAGAAUCUACAGCCAGAGGCGAAAUCAAAGCAAUAGUUCCGCCUUCAUCCAUGAUGCAUCAACAUGUACCAUCCACAUCAGACGAUUGGAUGUCUUCUACUACUGCCAUUCCAUCGUCGAAUCGACCUGAUAAAGCACCAUCCAUGACAAGUGGCAGCAACCCAUCAUCAUUGUCUCAUACACGACCACAGGCAGAACAAGAUCACAAAUACAUGGCACCAACAACAACAUCGCAUGCAACAGUAGAUUCUUCUCAAACACCCCGUCAUCCUCAAAUGCAUGAAAGCGUCAUCACGACUGGACAGCAUGCUUCACAUUCCAUCACACUACGAGGUGAAGAAGAUCAUCAUUGGGAAGGAGACCGAUCGUCUUCUUCGAACCCUAACAAGAACCACAUGCAACAAGUGAAAUCCACAACACCAUCCACCAAUCAUGUAACAAGUAAGCCACCACCUCCAUCAACAACAACAUCUUUUCAUCAUCAUCAUCAAGAUCUUACAAGAACGGAACCGUCUCAACCAAUAGUAUCAUCGUCUCAAAAUCUAUCAUUUUCACAUCCGCAACAGCAGCAACAACUACAUGUACCAUCAUGUUCCGCAUGUGUUGUUGUCACUCCAACCAACAACAUGUGUUUGACCACAACAACGAAUGCAGCGAAAACAUUUCACACUCCUCCUUUGGCACCAAACACCAAGAAUGCAUCAGGAAGAAAUCCUUCCCCAUCAACCCCUCCUUCAGUGAUCAUGACAUCUUCCUUUGCAACAUCUUCUUCUCAAAUCAUUCCAUCAUCAACGAAAAGAAGACAACAAGCAUCCAAUUCAAAUAUAGUUGGAGGAAAUCCCUCUCCCUACGAAACACAUGUAUUUAUGAGUAAUGAACAUGCAGCAUCUUCAGUGACUUCCUUCACAAACGAAAAACUCUCAUUUCCAAAAGUGAAUUAUUACGGAAGAUUUUACGAAUUGAAAGAUGAAUUGGGAAUGGACAAGUGGCCUCAAUUUUAUGAUGAAAUUCGACAUUUACCAAUUUUUCCAUUUGUCUAUCCCAUGUCUUUUAAAUUUAUUUUAAAUCCACCAAAACUCUCAUCCUUUCAUGCGGCUUCGAAACGAAAAAAAAGAAAAGGUGGAAAUGUAAAUAUAUUUUUCGAAGGAGGAAAUGAGGAAAUUACUAAGGAAUGGUCACAACAUGUCAUUUCGGAUGAGGAAGUAAGAAAUCAUUUUUUUAAGGUUUGCACGGAAAUAAGAAAAUUCAUUGAUGAAAGUGUGAUUGAAAAAAUUAGAUAUUUGACCAAGUGUUCAUCACAAAAAGAGGAAGUUGUAGAGCCACCAAAGCCUCCAACCGAAACAUGUCCUACUUUGAACUCUGAUUUGAAGUGCAACAAGGAGACUGAGAAACGAGUGGUUCGUCUCAUUUCCAAAAAUGGAAAGCAAUGUCCAGUCUAUGUGUGUAAGAAGAGAAAAGUCGAGAAAUGCAAGAAGGACACUCCACCACCUGAAAUUAAAUGUCCAGACAUCUUCCAACAAGAUCAACAAUGUAAGGAAGGUUAUGAACAAGUCACACGACAAGUUCAAUUCGGUGACAAACUCUGUGAUCGUAAAGUUUGUGUUCGAAACGUUCCAGAAUGUCCAAAACAAGAAUUUGAAAAGUGUCCAGACGGUCAAACUCGUAAAUUCUCAACUAAUCCAGUGACCAAGUGUCCAGAAAUGACCUGUGUUCCAUUAGAAUGUCCAAAAGAAUUCGAUCCAAAGAAUGUGAAAUGUUCUCCAGGAUGGGUCUUGAGUCAAGUCAAAGUUAAAUAUGGAAGUAUUGAAUGUUCCGAGUACAAGUGUGUGAAUAUUGGUUGUCCAGCUGAGAUUAGAGAGACUCGUAAUAUCAAGUGUAAACAAGGACAAGUUCUCAAAUCUGAGGAUGUUAUUGUCAAUGGAAGAAAAUGUCCAAAAUUCAGAUGUGUCGAUGUCACUUGUCCACUCGUGGAAGAACCCAAAUGUGCAGCUGGAGAUAUUACCAUUGAAGUCAAAACAGUCUAUCAUGGUAUUUUGUGUAAAUCCUUCAAAUGCGUUCAUGAAGAAUGUCCAAAUCCAGAAAUGAAAUCAUGUGAUCCAGAAUCUGAACAAUUGCAAGUUGUGAAAUAUUCUACCAAUAGUGGAAAAUCAUGCUACAAAUAUGAAUGCGUCAAGAGAAAGAAAACUUGUUCCAAUGUCUGUACUAGAUACUCUGAAAGAGCUGGCAAGUGUUUGAAAUAUGUCAUGCAAGGUGAACAACAAAAAUGUAUUUCAUGGGAUUUGGUCAAUCAAGGUCAAUGUAUUGAACAACGAUUCAUUAACAAGUGUAAGAGAUAUGUGGCAGGUGGUCAAACUUGUGUCAAGAAGGGAAUUACUACUUCUUGCCUUAAAGAAGAAUUAAGAAAAGAAUGUACCAAAUAUGGAGAAAAGGAAAUUUGUGUUUCAUCAUCGAGUACAGCCAAGAGAACUUGUCAACGAUAUGACACUCGUGUCGUCGGUUGUUUGCAAUACAAGGCCGUCUCUAAAUGUGUCUCUAGAACCAACAUUCCACAAACUGAAUGCAAACCUGUUCGACAAUGUUUGAAACAAUUGGCUCCAACUCAAACCAAGUACUGUAAGGCCUAUAAGAAGCAAUGUAAAAAAGCGAAACGAGAGACUUGCACGACCACGACCUGUCCAUGCAGCAAGAAACCUAUCAAGAAAUGCAGAACUGUCUAUUUUGACGCAUGUUGUGAAAACAAGUGCAGUGAAUGGGCCACUCGUACCGUAAAAGGAAAAUGUGCUGAAUGGGGAACUCGACGAGUGUGUAAACCAUCGAAUAAGCCCACUUCUGUUUGUUCCAAAUAUCAAACUGUGAAUAUUUGUGUUCAACCCAAGACUGAAAAGAUUUGUACCAAAUGGCAUUCCACUUCAGGAGGAGUUUGUACUCAACGUAAGAAGAUUUCUGUUUGCUUAUCUUCCAAAUCUGUGAAAACUUGUACCAAAUAUGGACAAAAGGAAGUUUGUGAAUCAUGGGGAGUGACCAAGCCAAGAUGUGCUGAAUAUGCAUCGACUUCAGUGUGUGUGAAAGAUCUCCAGGUCAGAGAAUUUGUACCAAGUAUUACUGUGGACUUUUUAAAUUCCGAACUCCAAGUGUUUAUGAAAGGUGUUGUUUUUCCACUUCCAAAACGAGUUGCUUUGAGAACCAAUUUUUCAUAUAAAGAAACAAUGAUCGAAAAUAUCAAACAAGCAGCUGGUCUUCAAAUAGAUAUCAAAAAUCAAUUAAUAUUUACUCGUACCACUCAGAGCAGAUAUGUGGUGUUGGAUGCUCAGACCAAAGAAAUCAAAAAUUACUUUUCGUUACCACUUCGAAGAUGUCCUCGCAAUUUCAAGAUUUGUCAAAAUGACAACUCCAUUCUUGUGCCAUUGGGUAAAGAGUUAUGGAAAUAUCGAUACAGUGUUCCAAAAAUAUUGACAGGAGCUCAGGAAGAUGUUGUGCAGCAUGUUUGGACCUUCCAGUAUCGUCUGAUCAGUGUUUUGGACUCCAUUACCAUUGAUUACGACGACGAUGCAAUCGAUCAUCAUGGAAGUGGUGUGAUUUAUGUGUGUGAUACACUUUCAGUAUUUGUUGUCAAUGGUUUUAAUGGACAACUUGUGAAAAAAUUGGGAGCGUUUAAUUCGAUCAACGGUGUGACAUUGGAUGGUAACAGGAAUUUAAUUAUAUGUCGAUUCGACAAAAAUCAUCAAGUUGUGACCAGAAAUGGUGAUCUUCUUAACGAGAUUGCUAUCAAACCAAAUUAUUUUGUGCUCUACAUUUUGCAUGAUCCAUCCACUAAUAACUUGAUACUAGUGUUGGAAAGCGAGCUGACAUUGACGGACCAUGUGGUUCAAAUAAUUAGUCCAAGAGGAGAAUUGAUUAUUGAAAAAGCAACUGGCUUUGAUGUGGAUGGCAUGUGUUUGAAUGAACGUACAGGAGAAUUGCUGCUUGUUCACAAAGGUUCAAUUGAAAUCUAUCAGUAA